UGAAGCUAUUGCAGCAUUCCUCAAAACUUCUGGAGGGUCUUUGAUGGAACUUGUAUUGAAAAAUGUGAAAAAGGUCGGCCCGAAUACUGCCUUUUCACUCGCCAAAUAUUCAAGAAAGUUGUUGAGUUUGGAUAUAUCAUGGUGUCGCAGAAUAACUAACGAGGAACUGAGACUCAUUGUUGAUUUUUGCUCUUUACUGAAGGUGCUCAAAAUCUAUGGUUGUUCGCAGAUAUCAGAUGAAAUUUUGAAUGGACAUUCCAAUCCUUUUGUGCGUAUAAUUGGACUAAAGUUGGAUCCGCUAUUUGAGCCUUUAAGCCUGAAUGAACCUGAGGAGGUAUUCCUUCGUUAUUCACCUCUGCCAGAGUAUUAA